UGCCGCUAUUAUAAUUAAUACAUAAAUAAUACACUAUAUAGAGUUUAUACAAAGGAACUCACUCUGUGGUUAAUUUGAAUUUUGAUUUUGGAACUUUCCAAGUUCCUAUUUUCAGUUGACAGUUUUUCACUUUUCAGUUUGGUUGAAUAAUGAAUAUUCAACGUAGUGAUUAGGUUCUCUUUGAGUUUGAUCGCAAUAAAGAAAGAUUUCUAUUUUCUACAAAUUUUACAUUUACGUAAAGAAUGGAUUCUAACACUAGCACAGAUGAUCUAAAAAGAAAUUGUAAAUCAGUUCAAAAAAACUUACUUUUAGAAAUUAUAAAAGAACUCUCAUGUGACCGGAAAUCAGCUGGUAUAUCACCUAAAGUUGCAGGAACAGUAAGUCGGAUUAUAGCAGAUUGUGAUCUAAUACAAUAUUCAAAUUAUCAUAGAAUGAGCUGUUCUGAUAAUAGUGAAAGUGCAGUUUUAGGUCUUGCAGGUAUUGUGCACAAUGAAUGUUUCGAUUUAACAUGUGAUGAACAAGCUGAAUUGAACCAGGCAAUUAUUAACAAGAUUCAAUCGAAACUGCCCAUAUAUAAUGCUGAACUAGAAAAGAUAAAAGAAAGCAUUGGUGAUAAGAAGUCUCGGAAAGAACAUAUAAAAGAGUUACAAGAGAGUCUGAAUGAAAAGCUUAAUAAGUUAGAAAGCCAAGAAAGUGAGAAAGUAGAUCUAAUGAUGGAAUGGUUGAACCAUAAAUUGACAAAUGUAUCUAGUUUCAAUGUUAAUUCAAAUGAACUUUUGUCAAUGAAGACUCAAAUUCUUGAAUUAAAGUCUAAGAUACUACAUCUUCAAAUCCUUCAGAGUAUUUUUACUGAGACAAACCAUUCAAUUAAAGCUUACAGUGAAGUACAUAAAGAUCUCCAAGAACACAUUCGUGAAACUGAGCAGAGAAUCAAGAGUUAUAAAGAAAUUAUUGAAAGCAAUAAUUAUUAGGUGAUAAUUUUGACAUGAUUACUAAUGGUCUUUGGGAAAUUACUCUUUUUAUUAUUUUUAUUUUCUCUCAACAAUGAGUAAAAAAUAAAAAUCUAGUCAAGUGCAAGUUUUGUACUGUUAUUUGGACAUGUUUUUAAAUGUGCUUGGAGGCUAGACUCAUUCUUGCCCCGACAUUGAAAGGAGCACUCCGAUCUAGUACAAUAGAUGUAAUGUACUAGUUCGGUAUUGUAGUACUAUUAGUAAGUGGUACAUUGAACAAUACAAUAAAGUUUUGGUAUUUA